AUGGACACUUCUCACGCUGCAAAGUCCUCUGUGCUGAUACUUCUUGUGGUCCUACUGUGUGCAGAAAGAGCUCAGGGACUGGAGUGUUAUCAUUGCACUGGGGUCCCACUUGAGACUUCCUGCAAAUCACUUCCCUGCCACUACCCUGAUGGAUUCUGUAUUGCUCAGGAGGCAGAAAUUAUUGUGGACUCUCACAGAAGGAAAGUAAAGAGCCUUCAGUGCCUUUCUUACUGCCCUGCUGAUCUUGUAAAUAAGCCGAUCCUGGAUCCUAAGCUCAAGCUGAAGAAUUCCUGUUGCAUGGAAGACCUCUGCAAUGCAGCAGUUCCCACUGGAGGCAGCUCCUGGACCAUGGCAGGGGUGCUUCUGUGCAGCCUGGGCUCAGUCCUCCUGCAGACCCUGCUCUGAUGGUCCUUCCAAUG